UUAAAUUUCGCUUCACGCUUGAGCCAAAUCUCCACUUUCUGCCGUCUUGUUUCAAAAAGAUGACAAAAGUUAAAAAAAGCAAUGGUGGUACGUUGUUUAAGGAGAAAAAGACUGUGCAAAGACAAAAAUUUCGCACUCUCUUGUACUCCGAUCCAACUAUUUUCAGCAAUCAAGAAGAUGAGGAUGACAAUAACAACGAUUGCUCGGCCCGCAACAGCAGUGCCACCGUUCCAAGCGCUAGCUACUCUAACAUGUCUCCGGCUCCCAGCAGCGGAACCGCGUCUCCCUAUUAUUUGUCACCAUGGAACCAACCCUCUCCUUUCACCAAGUCCCCUUGGAUACAGCGGCCUUAUCCACCUCUUGAUCAUUCAAUCGAAGAGAGCAGCGGCGCCUACGCCAUCCACAACAGCCUUAUCGGCUCCCUUGUUCGAGAGGAAGGUCACGUAUAUUCGUUAGCCACUUGCGGAGACUUGCUAUACACGGGUUCUGACAGCAAGAACAUAAGGGUAUGGAAGAAUCUCAGAGAUUUUGCGGGCUUCAAGUCCAACAGUGGCUUGGUAAAGGCCAUUGUCGUAGCGAGGGAUAGGAUAUUUACCGGCCACCAGGAUGGUAAAAUCCGCGUCUGGAAACUCUCCGGGCUCAGAAAGAAAGGAUACCGACGUGUUGGUAGUUUACCUACCACCACCGACUAUUUCAAGACCUCCAUCAAUCCCAAGAACUACGUUGAGGUAAGAAGGCAUCGAAACGUUCCUUGGAUUAAACACUACGAUGCUAUUUCAUGCAUGGCCGUGGACGUAGAAGGAGGGUUACUGUAUUCGGGUUCCUGGGAUAAAACCUUGAAGGUUUGGAGACUUUCGGACUCUAAAUGCAUUGAGUCCAUUAACGCCCACGACGAUGCGGUGAACUCCGUCGUCAUCGGGGUCGACGGGUUGGUAUUCACGGGCUCGGCCGAUGGAACGGUGAAAGCUUGGAGGAGAGAAUUGGUGGGAAGCUCAACGCAGCAUGUUCUUGUGGAGACAUUGUUGAAACAGGAGUAUGCCGUGACGUCGUUGGCUUUCAACGGGAAGGCGGCAGCGGUUUACGCGGGUUCCUCGGACGGCUUGGUUAAUUUUUGGGAACGUGAAAAGCAUUUCAUUUCCCACGGCGGGUUGCUGAGGGGCCACAAAAUGGCCGUGUUGUGCUUGGCCGCGGCCGGGAAUUUGGUGUUUAGCGGCUCCGCGGAUAGGAGUAUUUGUGUGUGGAGGCGAGAGGAGGGUGGGAUCCACACAUGUAUUUCUGUGUUGACUGGACACAAUGGGCCCGUGAAGUGCUUGGCCGUUGGGAAGGAAGACGGUGAUUGCGAUGCGUCUGAUCAGCGGUGGAUGUUAUACAGUGGGAGUUUGGACAAUUCCGUCAAGGUCUGGAGAGUGUUCGAGAAGGCGGCGAACUUGAAGAAGUUGGAAGGGACGUGAGAACGAAAAGAGAUUGAAAGCACGCGCCUCCGCUGUUGGCGGGUUCGAAGUUGACUUCUUGAAGUGGUCUAGAUGGCGACAAAACGGUCUUGGAGCGGGAGGUGAGGAUGAAAUACCUAAAGAAAAAGUUUCCAAUUACCAUACCAUAAUUAUUUAUCAAGGGUUAAAACAGUUCGUCAAUCAAAUUACUAACUUGUAUAUACAUACAUCUUUCUUCUUUAGGAGACAUGUAAUUCUUCAUUUCUUCAUUUUUCCA